UUACAACCAAUCAGAGUCCAGAUGCCUUUCUGGUUCUGAUAUUAAGGGAAAAUAUAAAUGACUGAUUCAAUAUGAAAGCAGAACCUCUCAAACCAUUUACAUUUUUUCCCAACAGAUCCAAGGGGGGAAAUAAACAUGGAUUCCAUGGAACUUGAUGACUGUGGCAACUUAAAGAAGAAUAUCACAAUGAAUGGGUUGGUUACUGAAGUGAGUUUUCAACAAAAGAAAAAGUCAUCCAGAUGUGUCACUGUGUGUCUUGGUUUGCUGUGUGCAGUAUUACUGGCUGGUAACAUUGGACAGUUUAUCUACUAUGAACUUCUGCCUGUUUUUUCAAUGGCGGACAAGGCUAAUUCUGACAAACUAAAUCAAGAGAUGGAACAGUAUCUCCACACCGACAUCGAAAAAGUGGAGAGAAACCAACUUGAGGUUGCUUUGUAUAACCUGACGAGAGACAAAAGCCUGUUGAAUUUCAGCUACAAUUCCAUGGUGAUGGACAGAGAUCGACUGCUUGGCAUCGAAAUGGCUUUGACCACCGAACGAGAUGAGUUGAGAGCCAACCUCCAGAAUGUGAAGCAACAGCAUGAUCACUUGCAGUGCAAUUACAGCCUCCUAAAUAGAGAGAACAGUGCACUGGGCAAAGAGAAAGAGCAGUUGAGAGUUACUUAUGAGUCCCUUGUUAAAGAAAAAGACCAGUUACAGACCAGCUACAAUUCCCUUGUUAAAGAGCAAGAGCACCUUCAAACCAAUAAAACUAUGGUGGCUUCUGAGAGAGAUGAGUUCAAGUCCCGCUUAAACAAUCUGGAAAAAGAGAAGGACCAGUUAGAGCAUUAUUACUCUUCACUGAAAAGCGAGAAAGACUUGUUACAGGCCAAUUUUGAGUCCCUUGUAAAAGACAAAAAACAAUUACAGACCAGCUAUGAUUCACUCGUUAAAGAGCAAGAACGCCUUCAAACUAGUCAAAGCACCGAGAUUGCCGAGUUGAAAUCACGCGUCCACAGCCAAAAAAAUGAGAAAGAACAGUUGCAACACAAUUACACUUCACUGAGAAACGAGGAAAACCAGUUACAGGCCCGUUACGAGUCCCUUGUUAAAGAGAAGGACAAUUUAGAGAGCAGAUACAAUUCCCUCAUUGAAGAGAAAAGGCUUCUGCUAACAAGUAAAACCAUUGUGGCUACAGAAAAAGAUCAAUGCAAGGUCAGUUUUGAAAAUCUGAAAAAUGAGAAAAACCAGUUGCAACGCAAUUUCUCUUCAAUGGGGAAGGACAAAGACCAGCUACAGGUCAGAUAUGAGUCGCUCUUUAAAGCGAAAGAACAUCUUCAAAUGAGUAAAACAGUCUUGUCUGCUGAAAGAGAUCAGUGCAAGUCCAGCUUCAACAGUUUGAAAAACGAGAAAGACCAGUUAGAACAUGAUAAUGCUUUAAUAAGAACGCAGAAAGACCAUUUACAGGCCAACCACAAGUCCCUCGUGAAAGACAAAGAGCUGUUACAGACGAGAUACGAUUCCCUCAGUAGAGAGAAACAGCUUCUUCUUGAAAAUAAAAAGACUUUGUCAAACGAAAGAGAUCAGCUCAGGUCCAGCCUCAACAAUCUGGAAAAUGAAAAUAAACAGCUACAACACAAUUUCUCUUCACUGGCAAGCAAGAUGGGCCAGUUACAAGCCCGUUACAAUUCCCUUGAUAGAGACAAAAAGCUUCUUUUAACAGGUAAAGCCAGUUUGCAAACUGAAAGAGAUCAGUGCAGGUUCCGCUUUGACAUUCUAAGAAAGGAGAAAGAUCAGUUACAACAGAGUUAUUCUUCACUGAGAAGUGAGAAAGACCAGUUGCAGAACCGAUAUGCAUCCCUCGUUCAAGAGAAACAGCUACUUAUUACCAAUAAGACCACAUUGACUGCUGAGAAAGAAAUGCUUAAAUCCCUCAAUAACAAUAUAAAAAAAGAGAGAGACCAUUUACAAAACAAUUACACUUUGCUUGAGGUUGAAAGAGACAGACUUGAAAGAAAUAAUACGGCCUUGACAGCAAGCAUAGAUAUUUGUCAAAUUCAGAACCUGCUUCUUCAAAUGCAAAAUAUGCACAACGACUGCGACACACUGAGGGUCGAUUAUGAGGAGCUACAAAGAAAUCAGAGCAGCCUCGAAAUACAAAGACUUGAGCUGCAGCACAACGUGGACAAGAUGACCGCCAAGCUAAAAAGUAUGCGCUGUGCGGCCGGGUGGCGGAAGUUCAACACCAACUGUUACUAUGUGUCAAGCUCGAGUCGGAAUUGGGCAGAAAGCAGACAAGACUGCAUAAGCAAGGGAGCUGACCUGGUUAUCAUAAACAGCAGGGAGGAACAGGUCUUCCUUAAUGGUUUAUUGGGCCCGGGCAAGCAUGCGUGGAUUGGCCUAAGUGACCAUGUCAAGGAGGGAACUUGGAUGUGGGUGGAUGGUACCCCUCUCAUCAAAAGCUUUUGGCAGAAUGGGCAGCCUAAUAACUUCCGUAACCAGGACUGUGGCGAAAUCCAAAGCAAAAAGGUUUUCAUGUUGGGGAUCUGGAACGACGACACCUGUUCUCUUCAACAAAAAUGGAUUUGCGAGAAUUGACAAUGAUACGUGGCUUUAAAUCUAAUCCAGUGGAUUUAGUGCAUACCUGUUGAUACAAUAAAUCACAGUACAGUACUUCAUAAAGAAUGCAACAGUUUGAAAGUCUUAUGAAUUUGUUCAGUUAGUAUUUUGAUUGUUGAUUUUUUUUUGGGGGGGUGGGCAAAACACCCUUUCCUAAUGUGGAAAAUA